UUGCUCGACGACCCGUUUGAGAGCUUCAAGUCCUGGAAAAGUUGUAGCCAGAAUGUCCGCCAACGCUCCGGCCGUGGGGAUCGACUUGGGCACCACGUACUCCUGCGUAGGGGUCUUCCAGCAUGGCAAGGUGGAGAUCAUCGCCAACGACCAGGGCAACCGCACCACCCCGAGCUACGUCGCCUUCACCGACACCGAGAGGCUGAUAGGGGACGCUGCCAAGAACCAAGUGGCCAUGAACCCGACCAACACCAUUUUCGAUGCCAAGCGAUUGAUCGGCCGACGUUUCGACGACGCCACCGUGCAAGCCGACAUGAAGCACUGGCCCUUCACCGUGAUCGACGACGGGACCAAACCUAAAGUCGAGGUGGAGUACAAGGCGCAGAAGAAGACCUUCUCCCCGGAGGAGAUCUCGUCCAUGGUGCUGACCAAGAUGAAGGAGAUCGCCGAGGCUUACCUGGGGAAGAAGGUGCCCAACGCCGUCAUCACGGUGCCCGCUUACUUCAACGACUCGCAGCGGCAGGCGACCAAGGACGCGGGCACCAUCGCGGGCAUCAACGUGCUGCGCAUCAUCAACGAGCCGACCGCGGCCGCCAUCGCCUACGGGCUGGACAAGAAGGGCGGCGGCGAGCGCAACGUGCUGAUCUUCGACCUGGGCGGCGGCACCUUCGACGUGUCGGUGCUGACCAUCGACGACGGCAUCUUCGAGGUGAAGUCCACGGCCGGCGACACGCACCUGGGCGGCGAGGACUUCGACAACCGCAUGGUCACGCACUUCGUGGAGGAGUUCAAGCGCAAGAACAAGCGCGACAUCAGCGGCAACAAGCGGGCGCUGCGGCGGCUGAGGACGGCGUGCGAGCGGGCCAAGCGCACCCUGUCGUCCAGCACCCAGGCCAGCCUAGAGAUCGACUCGCUGUACGAGGGCGUCGACUUCUACACCUCCAUCACCCGCGCCCGCUUCGAGGAGCUGAACGCCGACCUGUUCCGCGGCACCCUGGAGCCGGUGGAGAAGGCGCUGCGCGACGCCAAGCUGGACAAGGCGCAGAUCCGCGAGAUCGUGCUGGUCGGCGGCUCCACGCGCAUCCCCAAGAUCCAGAAGAUGCUGCAGGACUUCUUCAACGGCAAGGAGCUCAACAAGAGCAUCAACCCGGACGAGGCGGUGGCGUACGGGGCGGCGGUGCAGGCCGCCAUCCUGACCGGGGACAAGUCGGAGAACGUGCAGGACCUGCUGCUGCUCGACGUCACCCCGCUCUCCCUGGGCAUCGAGACGGCCGGAGGGGUGAUGACCGCCCUCAUCAAGAGGAACACCACCAUCCCCACCAAGCAGACGCAGACCUUCACCACCUACUCCGACAACCAGCCCAGCGUGCUGGUGCAGGUCUACGAGGGCGAGAGGUCCAUGACCAAGGACAACAACCUGCUGGGCAAGUUCGACCUGAUGGGCAUCCCCCCUGCCCCUAGAGGGGUGCCGCAGAUCGAGGUGACCUUCGACAUCGACGCCAACGGCAUUCUGAAUGUAACGGCCGCCGACAAGAGCACCGGCAAAGAGAGCAAGAUCACCAUCACCAACGACAAGGGCCGGCUGAGCAAAGAAGACAUUGACCGGAUGGUGAACGAUGCCGAGAAGUACAAGGAGGAAGACGAAACCAACCGAGAACGUGUAUCGGCCAAGAACGGGCUGGAGUCCUAUGUCUACCAGAUCAAACAGACGGCCGAAGACGAGAAGCUGAAGGGCAAACUGAGUGACCAAGACAAGGAGAAGAUACUGUCCAAGUGCAAAGAGGUCAUCGACUGGCUGGAGAAGAACCAGACGGCCGAAAAAGACGAAUUCGAGCACAAGCAAAAAGAGCUGGAGAAGCUGUGGAACCCGAUCAUGAGCAAAGUGUACCAGGGUGGAGCUGGCAACCCUGGCGGUGCUGCCGCAGGGGGGUCAGCGGGGGGCCCUACUAUAGAAGAAGUAGAUUAGAUUUACCAUUAGGGGGUAUUGUUCACUUUUUUAGAUUGUUUCCCUUCCCCAAUCCCUAAAGGCGUCGGGUUCCUAGAUUUUAUUUUUAUUUUUCAGCACUUAAUUGCAGGAACUUAAAGCACUUCAAGGAAAUCGCCACCUUUCUGGAAGUUUCCAGAGCGCCAUUAAACCACCAGUGCCAGCAAUGCCCUAGGCAUCACAAUUACUGUAUGACUAGCGCGCUUUGAUCUCUGGCAUUUCCCGUUGAUGGAUACAGCAGCAGAAAGAGAACCUCUAAGGAACUUUCCGCCAAGGUGGAGAUUUCCUUUCAUUCUUUUUUCAUUGCAGUUGCCAAAGUCAGCGCGUAGCUUUAACGCUCAGGGUAGUGCGAGUGUUUUAUU